AUGGGGUUGAAUGGAGUACUGAGUGGUAAUGUUUUCUUAGCUGGUAUUACGUUGGCAGCAGGCGGUGUUUUUGGCAGUGAGGUGCCACCUUCCCGCACCUUCGCCGUGGGCGGGCUGGACGCAGGUGCCCGCUACGAACUGCGGGUGACCGCACACAACGCCGCAGGUGCCACCCCUGCCCACUACACCGUCACUACACCUGGCCUGGGGCACACAGGGCCAGGUGUGGGCGUGGGUGGCACUGUGUGGGGCAGUGCCCCAUCAACGUCACCAGUGUGGCGUGACCCUCGGGUGAUGGUGCCAGCUGCUGUCUCCGCCUUGGCACUCCUGCUCACAGUCACUACCGUCUGCAUCUGUCUCAGGAAACGUCCCUCCAGCACCCCAGCACAGAAGGAGGUGCCUGAUGGUGUCAGUAGUGCCACAGAGGAGAAGACUGCCAUGCAGGCACGGGACGACGUCUACACCACCGUCAGGAGACCCGCGCCAACACCGCCUCAACACCAAGACGUCAGCAACAACACGGGGGAGUACAGUGAGGAAGAUCUGUAUCCCUAUGCCACGGCGACCUUCCAGAUGGGUGGGGGCAGCCCACCACCCCCGGCUCCGCCCUCGCCGCCCACUCACGCCCACCACCAGCAGCCACGAGGACAGAAAGCCUUCACUGCCCUGGUCUACCAAGCACCUUCCCUACAUGAUGUGGAUUCCCCUAACUUAAGUGAACGUGACAACCGACCACCACGAGGCUUUCCCUACGAAGCCUCGGAGACUGAGGAGUAUGGCAGUGUGAUGGAUGGUGGUGGUGACCCACGGUGUCCCCCACAAAGUGAUCCACGGUGUCCCCCGCACCACCGGCGACCCUUGCGACACCUCAGGACCAGGUCCCCCGCAGCGUCCGGUUCCCCUAAGACACGUCUCGCUCAGCCUCGCCUCCAGCAGCACCAGCAGCACACACUUCGCCCUGCACGCCAACCCAGGAGUCCAGCUGUAGGUCGUCGAAUGAGUGAGGGCAGCAACUCUAUUAAGGAUCACACAAGUGAUGCUGAAUGUGAUCUGCGCUGAGCAUGAGGAAUGAGAAGUAAUCAGGUUUUAAUCUGAGAAAGAGGAGACUAGCUAAAGUUCCUUGGAUUAAGAGCAUUUCACCAGCAUCAGAGCACUCUCCCCUACUUCCUUCAAGGGUGUUCAGUAUAAACCUCUAUUAUAUGAAUGCUAAAUAAUAGCAGCUACUGCUUUCUUGGGCAGAUUCUGCCAGUUAUGAAAGACGUAGACAGACAGUCAUCGCUACAAAUUUGGGAGGAGUUUACUAUCCCUGAGGUUUCCAUGAAAAUUAAAGUCUUAAUGGUACAAAAUUAUAUCUUGCAUAACAUACUUUAUCAGAUUUGGGUUCAUUUUUUGCUCGGGGACUAUAUUACUGUAAUGUGGCUACUAAUUGGUUAUUCGUUGAACAUCAUAAGAAACAAAGUCAAGAAAAAGAGUUCGAGGUGGGGAAAGCCAAUGAGGCUAGAGAAACAAUGGUAAUGAGUUAGGGAGGUCUGGCAGAGCGGUUGCUCUCCCUGAGCACAUCGGUAACUUCUGCCCCGUGCCUUUUUCAGUCUACGUGUACCUUCCUGAUUCUGUACACAUUUUGAAGCACUUCAAAAAUAUGUCUGGAGAUUUUCUUCAACUAUAGAGCCAUACAAGAUAAGGCUAUCAACAGAAGGUCAAUGUCUAGAGGAAUUUACCCAUAAUAUAGAGUACUUAUGAGGAAAUCACACAUUUUCUAACUAAUUUAAAUGGAUAUUUGAAAUCAACUAAGCUUUACCACUGACUGUUAUUCAAAAAUAGAAUUUGUUAGCUUUUAGUUGUCAUUGCAUUUGAAAUCAACUUUCGAUAAAAACAUUUAUAUAAGCACAAAACAGCAAAUAUUACUAUGAAAUAACAUGUUUUGACAUCCAAAAAUGUAACAAUCAUAACAUUGCCUAAGACCUCAAAAUUCACAUUUUUUGGCACCUUUUGUAUGUGCUUACUUCUGAAAUUAGAACCAGACUGAGCCAUUGCAAAAAAACACUGGAUAACUGAAUCUGUUUGCUGGUUGCUUAUCAGUCAAGUAGCUGGAUAAUUGAGAACCGUAAAUAAGGAAGCCAGCGAAUUGUAGAGAUGACUGUGUGCUGAAUAUGUUGUAACUUUGUUUAUUCAUGUCUAAACUCUGAAAUAACUUUAAAAGUAAUGGCAAAUAAUAAUCAAAAUGAAGAGGUUAUGUUUUAAAUAAGUAAUUCCUUGAGAGAUAAGCGAUUGACUCAUGGACUGAUAAAUUUAACCAAUGAAUAAUGAGCCUUUAAUUACUGGUGGUCGAAAUCUCAUGUUUGGUACUAGUUCGUCACUUAUCAGCGACUAAAUCAAACAUUAGUUGUUGAAUCGUUGAUUACUUGAAAGAUAUGAUAUGCACUGCUGGUGAGUUUUAUCAUAUCAGGCACUGUUGUUCGUUAGUGUCAGUUGCUGCCAUCAUAUGCCUGGCACUGUCAAAAAUAAAAGAAAACAUUUGAAGAGGAAAGCAGACCACUACCUGCCGAAACUGCCUGAUCAGCCAAGUUGUGAUGGUUAUGUGAUCCUGUGGGACACUAGCAGCAACAGCCUGGUUGACCAGGUAGUCAACAAAGAGCAUGGCCUAUAAUUGAGCUGCAGGUGUAGAAGGACCUAGAAACUAAACUAGUCACAGGUUUUGUUUUGUCUGGCCACAGGUAAACUGUUCUCUGGUUACAUAACUUGUGACCCUCUGUCAGGCAUUGAGCAUAGGCACCUGAUACGAUUGUCUGAGGCCAUUGAUAAUUUAUGAUCAGGACAGUAAUCACUGAUGACCCUCCCACAAGUACAACAUAUCCCAGAAUUGUCCUACCUUUGUCUCCUUGCUCGUGAAUCCAUCUGUGAUAAUAUGGCCAAAUCUGUGAAUGUUUUCAGCAGUUUACCUGCAGACUUAUAUAAAUCAUAUACUUGGUAUUAAUAUAUAUUAACUAUAUAUUUGAAAUUAGUUCUGUACAUAAAUCACACUUGGCAUUGUUUCUGUAAAUAAUAUUAAAUACCUGGUGUUAUGUCUGUACAUGAAUUAUAUCAAUAUAUAUCCAUAUACAAUGUUUCCAGCAUAUGCUACAGCUGGUCAAAACUAAAUUUUACCAAAAAUUGUGGUCAUGGGACACCUAAAUACGUACUCAAAACCAGGCCCAAGACUUAUAACGUGUUGAGAUGUUUUCACUAAUAUAGGUGUUUAUACUGUGGUAUCUUUAUACAGAUAACUCAUAUCAACUUUCUGUUUGUAUACCCUUGAUGGAUUUUCAUAAUAAAUCCAAAAUACAUUAUUGUUUAAUUUUCCUUUUUAAAAUGACAGUACCAGAAAAUGACCAGUAAGCAUAUACAGUAGAGUGUCGUUUAACACGGUAGUUACAUUCCUGAAAACGCUGUGUUAGACAAACUGAAAAACUUAGGGGAAAAAUAGGGUUA